GGGGCCGGCAGGGCUGGAUGGAUGUGCCCGGGGCCGGCACGGCUGGAUGGAUGUGCCCGGGGCCGGCAGGGCUGGAUGUGCCGGUGGGAGCAGGAAUUGGCCCGGGACCACCCGGUGGGCGGGGCCGCCGUUCACCCCGCCCGCUACCCGCCCACCCGGCCGUGUGAUUGACGGGCGUGGCCCCGCCAUCGAGCCACGCCCAUCCGCCUCGCGCUUGCGCGCGCCCGGCGUCGGUCGCCAUCUUGUGUCGAAGGGCGCGCUGAGGCGGCCGCAGCAUUGCAGAAUGGAGAACUAUAAGAAGACCAAAAUUGUGGAGAAACCUUGUCCUCUUCCUUUCACUGACCUGCCUGCUGAUAUUAUCGAAAUGAAGGUGAAGGACGGGAGCAAAAUUAGGAAUCUGAUGGGCUAUGCCAUGAGCAAGAUGGAGCAGGACUCGGUGAGGCAGAUUCUUUUCACUGGCUCAGGCAAGGCCGUCAGCAAGACCAUCACCUGUGUGGAAAUCAUGAAACGAAGGCUGAAGGAGCUGCACCAGAUCACCAAAGUGCUCUUCAAACAGAUCGAAGAAAUCUGGGAACCCAUUGUGCCUGAGGCAGGCCUCGAUGCCUUGACAGUGAAGAGAAACAUUCCUGCCAUAUGUGUCCUGCUGAGCAAAGAUGCCCUGGAUCCUCAGGAGCCGGGAUACCAGGCCCCAGGAUCUUUCGAUGCCUUCUGGACUGAGACGCUGAAAGCAGAACCGCAGGGCCAGAUGAAGAGGAAGCAGGGUGGAGGCCGGGGAGCUGCCAGCACAGGGAAGCACCCUCGCUCCACCGGGGGAAUCCCGGGGGGGCCCUGAGGCCGCAGCUCCGCGCGUGGUUCAGGGAGCUGCAGAAACCAGCCCGGGGCUGUGGCUGCACAGCUGCUGCUGGACACGGGGGCUCACAGAGGACGAGCGGACUGUUAGGACUGGCUGUGAUCAUAGCUGUCUGAAAAUGUGUUUUGACAAGUUCCCUUGCCAAAGGCUGCCGGGCUGUACUCCUUAGGGGAUCACGGAAGAUGGGAAUUGCCUCUUCUUGAGCGAGAACUGUUGGUGUGCUGUCAGUGAGUCCCAGCAAAGGGCUGCUAGCCCAGUGAGGUUUCAGGUGCCUGGGCGUGCAGCAGUCCGGGCAGUGGGACAGACGCCUGUCUGUGUGGCAGGUGCAGGUUGCUCUGACCAGUAUAAAGGGGAGACAGGACCUGAUGUGGAUCCCUGGGGAAGCUGCCAGUGUCGCCCAGGCUCAUGAGCAUACAGACAGCAGGGCACGGGGCUGGGACAACUCUUUCUGUGCCUGAAGAGUUCUGCUGAGCCUGUGGGGAGGUUGAAUGUGGGACUGCCGGGAUGCAGCUCUGUCUGGCAUCGUGUGCAUGUAGCUCCUUGGCUCAGCAGAGCUGGCAGUCGUGGUUCUCUCUCCAAACAGGGAGCAGUCGACUCGCGUUGUAACCAGCCUGAAAUCCUGUGGCUCUGCAGCUGUCCUGGGGUGGUGGUAAUGGGAAGCUCCAAAGGAUCUUGUUCUUUCCCCUUUCUGCUCCUUGAUAAUGCACAAAGAUGGCUUUAAAAUAAAGAUGUAACUUCAUGUAACUUGGAAA